AGCCAUUCCCUUUUCGAACCUCAGACUCGAGAAAGUCUUCACAGACUGCUCCUCUUCCUCUUUAGUUACAAACCCACUUCAUUCUUUCUCUCUCUCUCUCUCUCUCUCUCUCUCUCUAGGAUUUGGAGCAGCCAUCGUAGAAGUGAUUGAAAUCGAUCUAAAUCAACCAUUGUUGAUCUUUGUAGUAGAGAAAAGGUUUUAGAGAUGGAACCUGAAGAUAGUUUGUGUAGUUCUGAAGUUUGGACAAAAUCUUCUUCUUUUCCUAAUGGUAAUGUUCAGCAACCUCCACAAAAAUGGCCAGAUACUUCCAUUUUAGACUAUGCUAUGGAUCAACCUUUUCAAGAAUUUCAAGAACAGACCGAAUCGAAGGCCUCCCUAACCUGUAACCCGAAUCAACAAAUUGAAAUCCUAGAUAAAGAUAGUAAUCAGAUGAAUGCAGCACUUCUAGCCAGUAAAAUUCAAGAUUGGGACCCAAGGGCCAUGCUAAAUAAUCUUUCUUUCCUUGAGCAGAAGAUUCAUCAGCUUCAGGAACUCGUGCAUUUGAUCGUUGGUCGAAGAGGCCAGGUCUUUGGGAGGCCAGAUGAACUCGUAGUUCAGCAACAACAGCUGAUAACUGCAGAUCUAACUUCAAUUAUUGUUCAGUUAAUCUCCACUGCGGGUAGUCUGCUUCCAUCUGUAAAGCAUAACUUGUCUGCUGCUGUUCCUCCAGUCGGGCAGCUGGAGCCGUUUGACAAGGUUAUUUUCGCAUCUGGACCCGGGACCAAUGGUGGUGUUCAGUCACAACAUGGUGAUGGAACUAAACUCCCCGAGCUUCCAACCCAAGUGGACGGAAGUAGCAAGUGUGGGAAGGAACAGAACAUGACUGUUGAAGAACACGAAUCAAAGGACGAAGAAGAUGCAGAUGAACACGAGAACCUACCACCCGGUUCAUAUGAAAUAUUGCAGCUAGAAAAAGAAGAGAUUCUAGCUCCUCACACCCACUUCUGUGCAAUAUGUGGAAAAGGGUUCAAGAGAGAUGCAAAUUUACGGAUGCACAUGAGGGGCCAUGGUGAUGAGUAUAAAACCGCAGCUGCUCUUGCAAAGCCGAACAAAGAAUUGGGUUCCGAGACCAUGCUAAUUAAGAGGUAUUCCUGCCCCUUUACCGGCUGCAAGCGGAACAAGGAUCACAAGAAGUUUCAACCUUUGAAAACUAUUCUGUGUGUUAAAAACCAUUACAAGAGAACUCACUGUGAUAAAAGCUUCACUUGCAGCAAAUGCAACUCUAAGAAAUUCUCAGUAAUUGCUGAUCUCAAAACACAUGAGAAGCAUUGUGGGAAAGAUAAGUGGCUUUGUUCUUGUGGGACUACUUUCUCAAGGAAAGACAAGCUCUUUGGACACAUUGCUCUCUUCCAAGGCCACACUCCUGCAAUUCCUCUCGACGAGUCGAAGGGAGCCACCGUGUCCUGUGAUCGAGGAGAACGCUAUGAAACAACGAAUAAGCUUGGGAGUAUAAAUUUCAGUUUUGGGUCGAUUGCUUCUGGAGGAAGCUCAGUUGAAACCAUAGCAGAUGCAAAAGGUGGUGUUGAUGAUCCUCUUAGUUAUUUCUCACCUUUGAACUUCGAUUCGUGUAAUUUUGGUGGCUUUCAUGAGUUUCCUCGACCGCCAUUCGAGAACACAGACAAUGCAUUUUCGUUCCUUAUCCCUGGAUCUGGCAAUUACACCCAAAAAUCUGGUGCAGAAUCAAGCUCUAAUAACCUUGAAUGAAUGAUGUUCCUUUUCUCAGUCCUCUUGGUUUUCUGUAAAAUUGAAAUAUGAUGUACUUUUGUAAGUUCUUCAGUUCCUAAAUGAAUUAUUUUUAUUAACUAUCUGCGGCUGCAUUAUUUUCAACUUGCCAUAAUAAGAAAAUCUUGUAAAAAAUGUUCAUUCUCAUUCUAAUUGUUAUUGCUACUUCUUCUUCUU